GUAGGUGUGACGUUCUGUGGGUGUAAAUUAUAGAACGCUGUGUUGUGUUUUUCAGUAUUUAAAACAAAUGGCUGUGAUUAAACUGUUGUUUUUUAUUUUUGUGAUGAGUCAUGAAACAUUCGAACUGGAUACGUCAAAUUGUAUAUUUAAAGUGUCUAAUUCUUCUGCAGCAUCCUAUUUCGAUUUAUCUAGUCUUUCCAGACAAGUGUGGAACAUCAAAGUAGCUGAUGAAAGAAAACUUGAUGGCAGUAGAAAUAGUAGAGGUGGCAAUCGGACACUGUUUGCAUUCAUGUCACCAUGCAGUAGUGUGAAAAGUAGAAGUAAUGUGGACUAUUGUCCAGAUGAAAGUGCCUCCGUUUGUAUUGCACAGAAGUCUGGUGGAGUAUGGAGUAGGGAACUGCCCAACCUAGGAACGGAUGUCCUCAACAAACAUUCUUUUGCAAAUGGUACACUGAAGGUUAUUUUGAAUGGAAAGGAGAAAUGUGUGAACGACAAAAAUUAUGAAACCGAAAUACUAUUUUCAUGUGUAGAAAAGUUUGAUGGUCCACUGAUGGCCCGGCUGAGUGAUUGUAGUUUCACUGUAUACUGGCCUACAAAAAUAGCUUGCCCUUUAAAAGGUCCAGAUUCAGUGCUAGUUGAUCGAUGUCUGCUACAGACUGAAGGAGAGAACUCUGGAGUUGUUGAUCUACGUCCACUCCGUCAUCCACAGUAUUAUUCUGUCCAUUCACCUGACGGUGGAUUAUUUUAUCUGAAUAUAUGUGCAACAUUAAAGAAUUCAACUUGUGAUGGCUCGACAGCUUGUAAACACACCAAAAAUGGAACUGUUGUUAUUAUUGGAAGUACCAAAGGCACUAAUGUCAGAAUUGCUGAUGAUGGCCCACUGCUGGUAUAUAAAGCAAAAGGUGGAAUACUAACUCGAGUGGAAUUCGUUUGCAACGUUAGUGUUCCAUUUGGAGAACCUACAUUCAGAUCAGAAGUGGGAAAUACAUAUACAUUUGAAUUUCAGUCUUCACAUGCUUGUCCUAAGGGAAUUGUGGACUGUGUUGUUUAUGAUGAUCAAGCAAACAAAUUUGAUCUCAGUAAUUUAAGAAGAGAGAUUGGAAAUUGGGAAGUUCGUGCAGAAGUCCACGGAAGAAUGAAUUCAACAUUUUUCAUAAAUGUCUGCAAAUCUCUCAAUCCUGUACGGAUGUGCAAUUUUAAAGAUGGACCUGUGGGAGUAUGCCAGACUACUGAUGCUGGGACAGCCAUAAAUCUAGGCAUGGUAAUAAAAGGACCUGAAGUUACAAAUGGUAUGUUGCAGAUAAGUUAUUCUGGGGGAUCAUUAUGUCCAAAUGGUGAAGGACGGUAUCGAACUAUAAUUAAAUUUCAGUGUACAAAUACCAAAGGAGCACCAAUAUUUGAGAGCCAGUCAGCUGAUUGUGUGACCUCGUUUAUUUGGCCAACCAACAUUGCUUGCCCUAUGAAGGUUGCGAAAGGAGAAAAUUGUAUGGUGGUGGAACCAAUUUAUAGCCAUCAGUUUGAUAUGACAAGCUUGCAUAACAGUAAAGCUGACUAUGUUGUGCAAACUGAAGUGGGAAGUUUCCGCAUCAACUUGUGCGGAUCUCUAGUUGCACCAUGUGAUAACAAGGAAAAUAUCAGUGUAUGUUUGGAAAAGGAAGACAAACAGCAGAUAGCUGUUGGUUACACGACAAAGGAAAUAAGCUACGUCAAUGGAGGAAUCCGCAUAGAACUUCAUGGAGAUGAUUGUAUUCCAGGAGAGAGCAGUACAGUACUUGUGCUUCUAAUGUGCAACCAUCAUGGCUACUUGAGUAGCACCAAACCAAAAUUUGUGUCUACAUUGUCAGAUUCGUGCAAAUUUCUCUUCAUUUGGGAACUGCAACUGGCCUGCCCUUCGCAUGAAGAAUAUCCAUGCACAACAACAGAUAAGGAAGGAAAUGUUUAUGAUUUGAGUAUUCUUUCGAAUCCAGCCAGGAAUUACAAAAUUCUGAGGAAGACUGACACUGGAAUGCUGAAAUAUCUUAUAAAUAUAUGUCGACCGUUGGUAUUCAGCUAUGGGGAGACAUGCGAAUAUAGCUCUGGCAUGUGCGAGUACAACAUGUCUGAACCACUUAUCUCAAACAAUUUCAGGAAUUUAGGAGACGUCACUGACUCAUUAGGUCCCUCAUUCGAAAAUGGUGUCUUGACUUUGCAGUAUUCUAAUGGAGCUAUGUGCCGUGAUCCAAAGAGUGAUGUGGGCCAUUAUUCCACCACAAUAACAUUUUACUGCAACCCAUAUGAACUGAAUGAACCUGUCUUCGAGGAUGUUGUGUCAUGUAACUACAAAUUCUCUUGGAGAACAGUAGCAGCCUGCCCUGUAGGAAGUAUUCAUAAUGGCACAUUUCCAAUCCACAACAAUGGAAACUGCACAGCAGAGAACUUCUAUACUAAACAUCUGUUUGAUUUGACAUCACUAAUGAGCAAAGAUUACAAUGUUACAUCAGAAUCUGGAGAUGUAUUACAGUUUAGUGUUUGCAGAAUCUUAGAAAAAUCUCCUUGCGAAAAUGGAACAGGUGCCUGCAUUCUUAAAAACAAUGAUGAACCAAAAUCUAUUAGUGCUGGUAUUGGAAAUGCCAACUUGGAAUAUCGAAUAGGUGCUUUAUUUCUGAAUUAUUCUGAAGGUGACUUAUGUGACGUAGGUGUUCCAAGAAACACUUUAAUAGAAUUUGUUUGUGGAAUGGAGAAUGUAACUGACGGGCCAAAGUAUGUUGAUACAACUAGCAACUGUACAUCCAUGAUCCAUUGGUUCACACAGUUGGCAUGUGAGAGUCAUGUCGACUGCGUGCUCCGUGAAGGUGAUUGGGAGGUAGAUUUAACAUCUCUGUCACGAACUGAGAACAGUUACCACAUUAUCAAUGGGAAAUCAGAGUUCUUCAUCAAUGUAUGUGCUCCCAUAACACCACUUUCUGGACUGAGCUGCCCUGGAGGCUCAGCAGCGUGUAUUGCAGAACGAGAGCUUGAUGGAAGUCUAGUUAAUGAAUCGAGUCUGGGCUACCCAGUAAUCACCCCCCGUAUGGACAACAAAAAGGUCAUUCUGAAGUACUACCAUGGCUCUUCAUGCCCGUUUGGACAAGAAGUUAACCUAAGUUCGUCCUUUGUAUUCAGCUGUGAUCCAAAGGCUGAUCCAGGUCAGCCAGUGUUCAAUCAAAUAGAGGACUGUGAAUAUCAGUUCUCUUGGAGAACUAAAGUGGUAUGUGGUUCUCACAACAUGCCAUCAUGUACUUUGGUUGACAAAUCUCAGGAAUUGGAUCUUUUUGACAUUACUCCACAAAGUGAAUAUGAGAUUACAUCAUCUUACAUAAUGCGGUUGUGUACUGUUGAAAGCGUUUGUAAUGGAAUCGUCUGUAGACAAAUUAACAAAACAUGGGAGUCACUUGGAAAUGAAACAACACUGCAGUAUGAUGACUCUAGUAAUUCUCUACACAUAUACAUCACAGGAAAUGCUUGUCAAGGUGCUCAAGGUGAAAACUCGAGUGCUCACAUACAAAUUAUGUGCAGUGAUGCUGCGACUGCGAGAGACCCGUAUAUAAUGAGUCAAAAUGAAUGUGAUGUUACUAUUGGAUGGAAUUUACCAGCAAUAUGUCAAAUAAUCCAUGAUCAUGCAGCACAUCAUGACGUCUCUAGUGGUGGUAUAAACACAGCUGCACUAGUGGUGAGCAUGCUCUUCAUUGUCAUCAUAAUAACACUUGGGGCAGUUUUGAGAAAGCAACAGAAUCGUAUUCGCUGUAGGAACUUUUUCAGUUGCUUUGCACUAUCAAGAUACAGAGGCCAUAACUUCUACUCGAAGGCGAGUGAUGAUAGCAGUGACCUUUAGGUGAAGGGACUGGACAUUCACCACAGUGUAGGGCUUUCAGACAACUCAGUUCGGGUGGAGAAGUGAGGAUGAUGAAUGCUUCAGCUGAUACUGGAUUUGGUGAGAGCGAUGAAGAAAUGAUUAGGAUUUGAGCAUUACAUUUUACCAAUGAUGCAAUCAAGCACAAAAAUUAGAAUCCAAAAAUAACCUAUCAAAUUCUCAGUGCCUAAUGUCUGUGUCUGGGGGGGCUUUGACAUGUUGUGUUUAGCAAAUUGCUGUCCAGUAUAUGAACUGCUUAAUUGCAGCAAAGAUUGUGUAAUAGUUUAAUGCAUCAGUGGAGGAAAAAUUAUUUAAUUCCUAUAAAAAAUAUUCUGCUAAAUUUGUUUUCUUACUUGGUGAAGAGCAGGAAAAUUUUUGUGAUUUGAAUCAUACUAUUACUUUAUUGCUUCAGAGGGACUCUUUGAAGACUUGUGUAAUAGUUUUAUAUGGAGACUGUUUUUUGUAAUUGUAUAAAACUGACAGAAAUAUAAUUGCAAUGCUUUUAGUGAGAACAUUAUUCAGCUAUUUUUUGCUGACAAAACUGAAAUAGAAAUUUAAUCUGCACCAAAAAGUGCUUGCUUUUUGGCUAAUCUACAUAGCAGUUGUAUUACCUGCUAAAAUGAACUCCAUUGCUUGCUAAAACAGUGGAUUUUGUCUAAAUAUGUUUUAUGGAGUGAUUUUAUGAAUAUUAGUUUGUGUGGCACAGCAUCUGUUUCAUAAGGAGGUUUCAGUCCUCAUUGUUUAAUGCAGAAACUUCAACAACAUUUUAUUUGGUAUAGAUUUGCCAUAUUAGUCCUUUUACUUCUAUAUUUUGUAAACAUCAGUCUUUUCAUAUGUGGCAUUUUAUGGUGAAAUGUUUACUGCUAUGUUAUAUGUAAAUAGUCUUGAGUAGAUAGAGUUUUUAAUGAAUUCUAAAGUUUUGCACACUUGAUUUUUAGUGAUUAAAUUACAUUAUCAAUAGUUCCUGUUGCACUGCUUUGAUGUACUGCAAAUGUAAUUGUGAUAGUGAGCCAGCGUGUUUACUUAAAAUCUUACUUAGCAAAGCAGUGGACAUUUGUUUCCCACCAAGCAGUUAUUUAUUUUGAAAGACAUUCUUCGAUCUGUGAACACAUUGCUGUAUUUUUAAGGCUGUACAUAUGCAAUGAGUCACCAUACCUGUACGGAUAUCACUAUGUAUCCAUUAAUAGUGUUUAUUUUAUAUGCAGAUCAGAAAGCUGCAUUGACUUAGUUAGAUACUUUUUUUAUGCAACCAAUGCUGUUUGUAAUUAUAUUUUCUUCAGUAUUAAUGCAAUUUAAUUAAAAAAAAAAAAUGAUGUUCCACUGGAAAAACUUACUGAUUUGGCUUUUGCAUACUGAGAUUGCUGUUGUUAUUCUGUGCAGGGUAUUGUGCAUUGUAUUUUCAGAAAUGUGAGGUUUUAUUUUGCAAAUAAUUCACAUUAUUGUAAGCUGCAAAUUUCCUCCAUUAGUGUGUAUCAUUAGUGCUUGUUACCAUAAAUAUAGUGAUUUCUGUGAUUCAAUAAUAUUAAAUUAAAUUUGUUUAAUGUCUGCUCAAAAAUUGCCUGUAAUUAGAUUACAUGAACAUGUUAAUGAACUGUAACAAGACAUUUGUGUUGAACAUUCAGACGACUGAUGUGCUAGGAUUCAUCUGAGAAGUGAGUUGUAAAAAAGUGGCAAACACAAAUAAAAGCAAAUAUUAACUGUAGUCAAGCAUCACAAAGACUGAACAAUUUGGCUGAGUGAAAAGUUAUCUGUGGAUUGCAGUCGUUUUUCACCAUAAGGUCAUCAACCCUCCUUUUCUGUAUGCUAUUCCAUCACACACAUUAUCUCUAUUUUCAUAUUUUUCCAUUUCCCUUUGUCUCAUUUUCUACCUAGUACUGACUUUAUUCGUGUAAAACUGCUCCUCACAUUCCUUUCAUACCUGACUGUCCAUUACAUUUGCAGAAUCUUUUGUUUGAAAUUUCACAAUUGCAAUUUUUUGACGUCUCACUGUAGUUUGGAUUCUAAUAAGCUAACAUAUCCUUUUGUAUUUGAUCAGCAUUUUCUCCAUAAUUGGUAUUGUAAAAAAAUUGUCUACUGAUCCACAAUUUUUUGUUGUUGUACUGAGUUGUACAAUCUCAUAGAAUCCAUGAAGUUCUGGUUAGUGUAAGAAUGGUAAUAGGUCAAAAUAUUUUGUGCAUUAAGUUAUAAAACCGAAUAAAAUUAUCUUAAAUAAUGUGGCAAUAACAUGAGAGAUGAAAUUGCGUACAUUAUAUUUAGCAUCUAUUACACUGUUUUAGGCCGAGAUACGGUUUUGACUCUCAUAAACUGCUAAUGGGGAAAAUAUAUUACUUGUGUUGACCAGUAAGUUGUUUAGAAAAAAAUUGCCAUUUGUGCUUUUGUGAGAGGGACAUUGUGAUUUGUCCCAGAUUAUUGAAGAGGUGUGUUGUUAUUUAGAAUAAGGGAGAGUAUGAGGAAUGUCUUACAACAGAGAAAAUCCUUGAGAGAUUGCUGCCUAUUCUGUAAUAAUUAUUAAUAAUUCAAUUUAAAGAAUGUGUGCAAUUUUUACACUGUCACAUAUGUAGUAUCAAGUCCAUAAGCCACAGCUAAUGACAAGCCUUUGGUUCAUACACUUUGUGAUGUUAAACACAACAUUGAUUGUCUGGAAUGAUGCAACAGCACAAAAAUUUGCUUUGUUGCAGUUCAGCACAUGUCCAUGAAUCGUGUUAUGUACUAAUUACAAAAAGAAAAUUAAGGAUAUUUUUGAUCUGACAUUUAAAAACUUGCAAAGUUAUUUGAUAUAAUAUUUAGUUAUAAAGGGGUUGAUAGCUGAAGUAAAUGACCAUAAGAACUAGAACACCAAAGUGUGAUUACAUUUCCAAAAAGUUUUCAUGACUACUGUGUGAGUACUUUAAGCUUAUUAAUGUAGCAAAUAUAUGUAUAUACUACAUUUUUAAUAUGUGUUUGAGCUAUACUUUUGUGUCAUGAUGUAUCUGUUAAGUCGUUGUUGCCUUCUGUAUUGGGUUGUAAUUUUGUGUAGCUUUGUCAUAUCAGUGUUUUCAGUUAUUCAGAAUGAUUGUUACUUCUUAUGUUAGAUGGAAUUAGACUGUUGCUAUCACCUUGCAGAAUUUGAAUGAAACAAGCCUGACACUAUUUUCUGAGUAUAUGAAUAGCAUUGAGCUUUCUAUUUUUGUGAUAACAAAGUUAUUAAAAAGUGAUUGCAUAUAUUUUAUUGAAUUUUUAUGAUGAAAAUUAUGCCUAUGUAUAUAUAAAUAGUGAAAUAAAGAAGUUCCAAAAUAAUGUA